AUGGUAUGGGGGCCUCCAAGUAGCGAGAACGCUUCUUUCAAGGAUAAAUUUGCGCUCAGGUUCAAGACUCUAAUUGAGAAGGGGUUUCGGAAGACAAAACGCUCCGAGGCAAUUCAACCUUUGCAAGAUCCCAUAAAUAACCAUCGAAUACACUUUUCCCAGAGCCAGAGACAAUCGCACCGAAGAGUCGCGAUUCAAGCAUUCUUAUCAUCUCAGUCGGCACAAUCGCAGUCUUCUAAACAGCCAGCACCUCAAGUACUUCAGCGAUCCCCUCAUCACACUAGCAUACCACUCGCUGCAGAUUCCUCCCCCCAGGAGACAAUUACAAGCGUCAAGGCGCUGCCUCAAAGUCGCAAUAUGAUCUUUUACGACCUUCAGGUGUGCUCGACGACAUGCUCAGCAGAAGAGUUCCAAAACAGGUUUCAAUAUGUCACAAAUGAAUUGAGGAAGGCCGUCGCUGAGCAUAAUGAACUUCGUAUGUGCGGUCGACAUAUCAUCUACAGUUGCCAUAUGAUUGGCGACUCGAGGGAUACGGCCUUACCCUCUAUACUUAUAGAAUGUCGAAAACGAGAUCUCAAGAUGCUGAGAGAGCUCUUCAACAAGCACGCUGCGACACUCUGUUGUCGCAAGGACUCAACUUGGCCUACCCUGCUACACCACGAUCUUCCAUCGUCGAAACCGUCAUUCCAACUUGUCUAUCUAUCGCACGCAUAUCAGCCUAUAUUACAGUACGCGGCACAUACCCCAGGAGCAGCGAGCAACUCAUCCAGCGAUACACUCUGCGGUGCUCUGGUCCAGUAUGAGGGCCGCAUGGCCACCAUCGGUCUGACGUUUAUCGUCGAUGGCAUAAGUCACAUGAUGACUGUCGACCAUCUCUUCAAUAACAGCCUGGGAGAUGAAAACUCUCUUUUCACUCAUGAUGAUGGGCCAAUCCAUCCCAGCAGCUCUACGGGGGAGUCAACAAAUGCGCAUCAGGACAAUUCCGUCAUCCCCCAAAAUCCCCAUCCAGAUCAGGAAAAACAAAAUUUGGAAUUUGGCCAUAGCAGCACGCAUGACAGUGGAGAUGAGGAGAGCCUCAAUGCGUGGCACACGACGGACCGCCCUCGAUCUCGUCUUGCCGAGUGCCUGGUAGGCCAACCCGUUCCUUUCCCACAUACAUUGGACCCCCCCGCACCAUACCUGGACUGGGCAUUCGUCGACUUGAACAGCUCUUCAGCGAACUUACAACUACCUAACAUUAUCACCGUAGACUCCAUGUCGAGUCCUGUACUCCUUCGUCAAGUAUCGAAACAACCGCUGUCUCAUACGACAUCGGUGUACAUGAUUUCGGGGGUAAAUGGCACAAGAAAGGGCUGCCUAUUCAGUGGCCUCAGUGAGCUUGGUCCACUGCAGGAUCGAAGUCCAUGUAGAGCCUGGAAAAUGAUACUGGAUUCUGAUCAAGGUCUUGAGCCAGGAGAGUGCGGCUCAAUCGUUGUUGACCAGACUACGUUCGAUAUAUAUGGGCACGUUAUCGGCUCCAACAUCAUUGGUGAUGUUUUCGUUGUUCCACUUUCAGGCACUAUUGAACAAAUCCGAGUUGCCUUUAAUGCAACCACUGUGGCUCUACCCUCACAGAACCUUCUCCUGCCACUUCGCAACAAAUCUGAAGAUACCAUGACUGCUCAGGCCACGCUUUCUCUCAAUAAAUUACACUCGGCUGAUGCGCACACUCAUAUUCACUCCGGUUACGCAAAAUGCCCUCUCGGGUCCUCCCCACUCACACAGACAUGGAAGCGACCGGAGGAUCCGAGACGCCACAGCGCCCAGUUCCGCAGGUUCGAAAGACCCUUUCGUCCAGACCAGGAGGGCACUUCACUUCUGCAAACAUUGAAUAAGGCAGGAGCGGGAGUGCUGGAUGAUGAAGUGGAAGUUACAAACCUUCUGUUUUGCCAUCCGUACACAAGGUUUACAGAACGAAGCAUAGAGCGUAUACAAGACUUUUGCUAUGGUGCUUCUUUCGCUCUGGACAAGUUCAUAUCUCAUCCACUUAGAUCAGGUCCAUAUGCCAGCUCAGAUACCAGAGCUGUGGAUUCAAGCAUAGAAGUCCCAUAUUUUGCGGUUGUCACUGAUGUUGGUUGGUGCCAGGAAACACUUUCUUAUACCAGUCAAGACAAACCACUUGCAUCAAGCCUCCGGCUAAACGAGAUGCUCAACGAACAGGUAUGUGUUUAG